UGUUUUUCGAAGGGAAAAGAGAAAGUCAUAUAAACCCUUCGUUCCAUCGCCGCCGCCGCCGCCUAUCUAAGUUUCGCCGUUCGGAAGGACCUCCGGCCACCCCCCUCUCCUACCGCGACCGUGAAACUUGUGAGGUUAGCGUCGGCUUCGGGGAAGCACAACCCACUCCAGAUUUGUGUCGUAUCCCAUGGGGAAGAGCAGCAAGAAGAACAAGGUCAUCCUCGCGCCGCCGCUGCCGCCGGAAGUCGACGACGAGGACAUCAUAGUCUCCGACGAGGAUGUGGAUUUCGUCGAGGAGAAUAGAGAGCACGUCCACCUGAUCACCGGGCUCAACAGGAAGGCCCUCGACAAAGUCGUCACCAGGGUCCCCGACCACGACGAGGACAAGGUCGAGCUCCUCUACGAGGAGCGCGAGCGCAAGAGGAGGGCUGCCCUAGCCCUGAAACCAAAGGACGACGAUGACCUCGAGGUGGAUCCCGUUGACGCGCUCCCUGUCAAGACUCUGCAGGGGGAGCUGCUCUACAGAACCGCCAAGAGAGCAAGGUCUGAAGACAAAGCUAAGGGUGCUGAAUCCAAAUCUGAUGACAAAGAUGCUGAUGCCAAGCAAAGUUCUCAAAAGGAAUGUAAGGGAAGAUCCAACAAAAAGGAAGAUAGUAAAUUGCAGAAUGUGCAGCGUCCACUUGAAAUUCCGAAGGAGAAACUGCACUCAGUAGUGUUGGAAGAGGUGAAGGAAGAACUUUCAGCUGAUGAAUUGUUUGAGAAAAAGAAGGCCCAGCUUGCUGAAUUAGGCAUGGCCAUGCUUGAAGAUCCUGAAUCAAACAUUAGAUCUCUGAAUGAUUUAUUAAUUAUAUGCAACGACACAGACCAAAGGGUUGUUAAACUUGCUAUAAUGUCCUUGCUUGCUGUGUUCAGGGACAUAAUUCCUAGUUAUCGGAUUAGGCAGCUGACAGAAAAAGAGCUUGCCGUAGAAGUUUCGAAAGAAGUGAAGAAGACGAGAUAUUAUGAGUACACGCUUAUUCGUUCCUACAAGGCAUACCUGCAGAAAUUGAUAUCAUUGGAGAAGCAACCCUAUUUUUAUCUUGUGGCAGUUCGUUGCUUGUGUAGUUUAUUAGAUGCUGCCCCACACUUUAACCACCGUGAAAGCUUACUGGCCAGUGUGGUAAAAAAUUUAAGCUCCUCGAAUGAUGUAGCAAGGAAACUAUGUUCUGAGGCAAUAAGAUCUCUGUUUAGAAAUGAAGGAAAACAUCGCGGUGAGGCAACUGUUGAAGCAGUAAGAUUGAUAUCAGCUAGUGUGAAGCUCAAUGAUUGCCAGCUCCAUCCUGAUGUCAUUGAGGUAUGCUUGUCUCUGAAGUUUGAUGAAGACCUUGGAAAAGAUGAGAGCAAGGAAGAAAAACUGAAACCAAAGAAAAAUAAACGAUAUCAGAAUCGGGAUGUCACAAAACCGAGUGAGAAGAAGAAAAUAAAAAAGGAAUUGCUUUCUAAAGCCAGACAAGAGGUUCAUGCAGAUCUUAGAGCUGUUUCAUUUACUCUUGAUCCAAAGGAGAAAAAAAUGAUACAAAGGGAAACACUUGCAGCCCUUUUUGAGACCUAUUUUCGAAUUUUGAAGCAUAGCAUGAACACUUCAAAUUCAAGGUAUAAGGCCACUAGUGUCUUCCCUGGUGGCUCACACCCUUUACUUGCUCCAUGCUUGGAGGGCUUAGGAAAAUUCUCACAUUUAAUUGAUUUGGAUUUCAUGAGUGAACUUAUCGCUUGCCUUAAGAAGCUUUCUGGGUAUACAGACCAUCAAGGUGAAAUUCCACCGGACAAUACACUCUCUGUGUCGGAACGCCUACAAUGCUGCAUAGUUGCUUUUAAAGUAUGGAGGAGCAAUCUUGAGGCUUUGAAUGUAGACCUGCAGGACUUCUUUGUGCAGUUUUAUAACCUUAUACUGGAGUAUCGACCUGACAGAGAUCGUGGUGAGGUUUUGGCUGAUGCUCUGAAGACACUUCUGUGGGAAGGCAAGCAGCAGGAUAUGCUAAGAGCAGCUGCUUUCAUUAAACGUCUGGCAACAUUUGCUCUGUCAUUUGGCUCCGCAGAAGCAAUAGCAGCCUUGAUCACGCUGAAGCAUCUUCUCCAGAAGAAUACCAAGUGCCGAAACAUGUUGGAAAAUGAUGCUGGCGGUGGUUCCCUGUCUAGCUUAGUUGCGAAAUAUGACCCAGAGGCUAAAGAUCCUUAUCUGAGUGGGGCACUAGCAACAGUACUUUGGGAGCUUAGCCUUCUGCAGAAGCAUUAUGACGAAACUGUUAGUGGAAUGGCUUCAAAUAUCUUGAGCAUGGCAAAUCUGAACGCCACCCAGAAUCCAGUUCAACUUUCUAGCUCGAAUCCUCUGGAAGCAUACAAAGACUUGUCGAUGGGACGGGAAUUAUCAAAGCCAACCCACAAAGUGUCACAGACAUUGAAGAGCAAAAGGAAACGGCGCAGUAAGGAGUUUGUCGCUCUAAGUCCAGAUGUGCUUGAGAAGGCAGAUUGCACGGUGGGCGAAGAUGAACUGAGAGAGAAGUUGCAAAAUCAUUUCGUGGUACUAAGAGGCAUUUCUGAGAAUGAGAGACUGAGGACCGAGUUGAACCAUGCAUUGUCAUCCAUAAACAUGUACAAGGAGUACAACAAGCAGAAAAAGGAAAGCAAGAAAUCAAAGAAGAAAGUUGCAAAGGCUUAGUUGUCUUGUGUUCUGCGGAUUUUUUCCACACCAGCGGUAGAAGGUGUCCCCCUAUUUUGUUGUAGCAUCACUGUAUCGAUUUAUCAUAGUUUCCUGUGACACUGUUACAGUUUCUGUUUAGGACACAAUUGCUACAUCCUUGAUGAUUUUGCAUAAAUCUUUCGUGGCCUGCCCUUUUCUUUGCGUUGCUCUGUAAAACGCAACUCAACACAACGGUGAUGGCUCCCUGUCUUUCAUACGUA